AUUUUUCUAUUGUUCAUGACCCUUGAGUAGCUACCUUCUUUUACGUCGUAUUAAAGAUGAGAGCACAAAAAAUUACCAUACAAGCGAAGUUCGGCUGUCAGCUAAUAACAAAUAUAGUAAGUAAAGUGCUUUUUAUGAAUAAAAAUCUUAAUGAAAAAACGGGAUUAUGUGUUUUAUAUUCUCGGCCUUUACCUAAUUUGCGGGAAGAAAACACUACAAGUAUCAGAAGAGCUAUAUCCUUAACAUUUAAUGAAAACGCCGAUUCAACUGUUUUAACUGAUAUGAAGACCGCUGUUGAGGCCCUUUCUCCAGAUUGUUAUGAAGCUGCCUCCGUUUAUAUGGGACCAAGCUUGUUGAUACCUUUUUAUAAGGGUUCCUUCGUGCUAGGGACCUGGCAAGGCAUUUAUCUGUGUAAUUGGGGACAGCAAUCUGGCGAUGUUGAAUUAAUAAUUAUUCCGCACGCCGCCACUGAGCGUGAUCUUUUUACUGUCGUAUUUAAACCUCCUCAUAGUGGAGUCUACAAUAUAUCAAACUUAAUCAUUAAUGAAAUAAAGAAUACUUUUAGCAAAAGGAAUCUAGAGAAGGAAAACGAAAAUACAGGCUUACUUUUUGUUAAAACAGAACACACAUCGGCCUCUCUUACCGUCAACGGCCCGACCGGAACAGAAGGUUUUUCCCCACACAACUUAAAUAUUGCCUUGGACGAAUUGGUGCCCGAAAAAUGGAGCGGAAGUUUGUUCAAGCAUACUAGUGAAGGACCUGACGAUAUGCCAGGCCAUGUAAAAAGUUCACUGAUUGGCGCUACUGCUCUAGUGCCCCUCUGUUGGUUUGAUUCAGACUUGAGCGCAGAUAAUAACUUAAAAAAAACAAAUAUUUAUUUCUGUGAGCACAGUAACAUAUUUUUAUUAAGAAAUGAUAAAUAUUAUUAA